AUGCAUUGUUCACUUGCACUCCCACUCCUCCUGCUCUUCAUCUCAUUUCUUUCCAUAUCUUCCACCAAUCAACAACAUCAAAAGAAAAAUCUGCAGCCAAACAGCAUGGAUCCAGCUGAACUAGAGAUUCUGUUCAAGAUCAUGGAAAGCAUGUCUUCUGAUAAACCCUGGAGAAUCACCUAUCCAAAUCCUUGUAAGUCUGGCUCAUCCUGGAUGGGAAUUGAAUGCAAACCUGGGAAUGACAGUCACCUUCAUGUCACUAGACUUGACUUUGGAUCACCACCAAAUCCAAAAUGCAAGAUCAGAUCCACAUUUCCUUCACAAAUAUUUGAUCUUCCGUAUCUUCAAGCUGCUUUCUUCACCAAAUGUUUCACUCAUACCAAAACCAUGCUCACCAUCUCACAAUUCAAGCUCUUCAAGUCAAAACUACAACAGCUCAGCUUGCGUUCUAAUCUAGCCAUAAUUGGCCCAAUUCCACCUCAAAUAUCAUCCUUAAAGUCUCUUCAAAUCCUAACAUUGUCACAAAAUCGCCUCACUGGGCCAAUUCCAAAACAAAUUUGUGAAUUAACUUCUCUGGAGCAUCUUGAUUUGAGCUACAACUUCUUGUCUGGGAUAAUACCAAACCAGUUGGGCGGUCUGACAAACCUUGUAGUUCUUGAUUUCAGCUAUAAUUCACUCACCAAACAGAUACCGGACACAAUUGGCAAACUGUCUAUGCUUCAAAAGCUCGACUUGAGCUCAAACUUACUUGCAGGAAGCCUACCUAACAGCAUUGAAAAGCUCAUUUCCCUAGUUUUCUUGGCUUUGAGCAACAACAGAUUAAAGGGAAAUAUGCCUAAAGGCUUAGCAAAGUUGCAAAAUUUACAGUACUUCAUUAUGGAUGAUAAUCCAAUGUUUAUACCACUAUCGGAAGAGUUUGGUCAGUUACAUAAACUACAAGAGCUUAGGCUUGCUAAUUCUGGGUAUUCUGGCACAAUACCAGCAACCUUCUCACAGCUCUUAAAUUUGAGCACUCUAUCACUUCAAAACAACCGAUUAACCGGCGACAUACCGGUUAGUUUUGGCAAUCUGUCUCAUAUAUAUCACUUGAAUCUAAGUAGAAACUUUUUAGGUGGUCAGGUACCUUUUACAUCAACUUUCCUUCAGAGGUUAGGGAAGAACUUGGAUCUUAGUGGCAAUCCAGGGUUGUGUAUGAGUCCAGCUGAAGCAUAUGGUGUCAAGAGAAUUGGAGUCAAUAUUUGUGGAAACAAUAAAACCACUUCUUUGAUCAAGCCAUUGAAGCAUUCUGAAGCUCCCUCACUUGGGUGCACCAAGUUAUUCUUUCUUCUUAAUGUGUUCUUUCUUUUGUAUUUGCACUAAAUAAUUUUUUUUAAAAUUUCAGAUUCUACUUCUUGACUGUCUCUAUGUAUUUUACUUCACUUCUAUUCCAGCAUUUUCAUCAUUAUAUAUGAGCUUAUUAUUUGAUUC